GGACAUCCUGCAGCCAAUAAGUGAGGCUGUUGUUAAAGCGUGGACUCACCCAGUGGGUGGGCUGGUUAUUGCGCUGCAGUGGGCUGGCGGCUGCGGGAGGCGGUGGCGGUUAGAAGCCAGAGACAGCGGGGUGACAGGAAAGUGGAGAGCCUCAAAAAUCUAUAGUGGGAGGGUUGGAAAAUAUUUAAGUCUCAACAAAUGAAUUCCAUACUUGAACUGUGCUGCAUUCCUGUGCCACCUCCUCCUUUAGAAAAUUGAUCUCAGAACAGAGAGUUAAGAGUAACAGAAGGUAGAAGAAGAUGCUGGGAUCUGAACGUGGUGUUGUGGAAGAAUGGUUAUCAGAAUUCAAGGCAUUACCUGAUACUCAGAUCACCAAUUAUGCAGCUACUUUACAUCGGAAAAAAACACUGGUACCAGCCCUCUAUAAAGUUAUUCAAGAUUCAAAUAAUGAGCUCCUGGAGCCUGUCUGCCAUCAGCUGUUUGAACUCUAUCGUAGCUCUGAAGUUCGACUUAAGAGAUUCACACUGCAGUUCUUGCCAGAGUUGAUGUGGGUGUAUUUACGGCUCACAGUUAGCCGAGACAGACAAAGUAAUGGUUGCAUUGAAGCACUUCUGUUAGGAAUUUAUAAUUUGGAAAUUGCUGAUAAAGAUGGAAACAAUAAAGUUCUGUCUUUUACUAUCCCUUCCUUAUCUAAGCCUUCAAUAUACCACGAGCCCUCAACAAUUGGAUCCAUGGCUUUGACAGAAGGGGCAUUGUGUCAGCAUGAUCUCAUCAGGGUUGUUUAUAGUGAUCUUCAUCCUCAGAGGGAAACAUUCACUGCGCAAAACCGGUUUGAAGUCCUGAGUUUUCUCAUGUUGUGUUACAAUUCUGCUAUUGUGUAUAUGCCUGCUUCAUCUUAUCAAUCUCUUUGUCGGAUGGGCUCCAGGGUUUGUGUGAGUGGGUUUCCACGGCAACAUGAAAAACAAUGGAAAGAACUCUGUGGUCGAAUAGUAUUGGAUCCUGAAUUUAUGGUGCAACUUCUCACAGGGGUUUAUUAUGCCAUGUAUAAUGGACAGUGGGACCUUGGCCAGGAAGUCCUUGAUGACAUCAUUUAUAGAGCACAGCUAGAACUCUUUUCUCAACCACUAUUGGUUGCUAAUGCCAUGAAAAACUCAUUACCAUUCGAUGCUCCUGAUUCUUCACAAGAAGGCCAGAAAGUACUUAAAGUAGAAGUCACUCCAACAGUGCCGAGGAUUUCUCGGACUGCGAUUACAACAGCUUCCAUCCGUCGCCAUAGAUGGAGGAGAGAAGAUGGCUUUGACUUCUCAAACGAGGCUGACUCGAGUAUUCCUGGCUCCCCGAUCCAACACGGCUCCACUGACCUAGGGAUCAAACGUGUGCAAGAGGGGGAGGUGCUGGUGCGCAGGACCCCUGAGCAUGGCUCACCGGAGCCCAACUCAGCAGCAGCCACAACAGAGGGUGCUGAAGGUGUAAAUGGAGGAGAGGAGCCGGUAAACCUGAAUGAUGCAGAUGAAGGAUUUUCAUCAGGGGCGUCCCUUAGCAGUCAGCCAAUUGGGACCAAACCAUCCUCCUCUUCUCAGAGGGGAAGCUUAAAGAAAGUAGCAACUGGGCGUUCAGUCAAGGAUAAAGAAACAGCCUCUGCCAUCAAAUCCAAUGAGAGCCCUCGAGAUUCAGUAGUCCGCAGACAGUAUGUACAGCAACCUACUGAUUUUAGUGUAGAUUCAAUUGAGCUGACACCGAUGAAGAAACACCUGAGCCUGCCUGCUGGCCAGGUGGUGCCAAAAACCAAUAGUUUAAGUUUAAUCCGGACAGCCAGUGCUUCCUCAAGUAAAUCAUUUGACUAUGUAAAUGUCAGUCAAGCAAGUACCAGCAUUGGGGUUGGCACUGAGGGAGUUACUAAUUUAGCAGCUAACAAUGCUAAUCGAUACUCGACUAUCAGUCUACAGGAAGACCGGCUAGGUCAAGCUGGAGAAGGUAAAGAGCUCCUCAGCCCAGGGGCUCCCUUAACCAAGCAGUCUCGAUCCCCAAGUUUCAAUAUGCAGCUAAUAUCCCAGGUGUAGUUUUGACAUCCUCUCUUAUCGUUCUGCUUACCUUUUAAACUGAACAUUUCAUUGUGCAGGAAGAAACUUCAUCCUAUAUUGUGAAAAAAUUGGUCAUUGUAGUCAGAUUUGAUUUAGUUUAGGUAUUGUCAUACUGUAUUUUGUAUGGAAACAGCAAUAAGGUUUUCUUUCCCCUCCUUCCUCUAUCUUCUCUUCACCUAUUCCUUGUAAAUGUGUUUGUGAAGCAGUAUAAAAUGUCUGCAUUUUCCAUGCCUUCCUUUCUCCUUGGGUGAUGUGCAAUCCAUUGUAGGCUGAUCGGUCCCAUUUCAACACUGUGAGACUGAGGAUAUGUUAGAGGAAAUGGUGUAUAUGAUCCCUAUGAAAUGAUUCUUUAGCUUUCUUAAAAAAAGAAAAAACGGGUUUGUUCUCAUAAUCUAUAAACUAUGAUUACUGGGUCAUAUUUUUUUCUCUCUUAACCAGGAGUGCCUCAGAGAUUCUGCUAUGACUUUGGACUUCUCUGUGUCUGUGCAAUCAUUUUCUUGAGAAGCAUGGGGAAAGGUGAUAGACUGCUGCACUUUUUCAUUAAAAUGAGAGUGGCUCUUUUUUUCCCAUCUCCUUUAUCUCGAGGACACAAAAGUUUAGUUACUGAGGCAUUUAAAUCAAGUUGUGUCCACCUCCAUUGGAGGGCAGGGCUCUAAAUUGAUUGUGUAAUUGAUAAUGCACUUUCUCAAUGGCUCUAUAGUCAUUAACUUGUCUUCCCUCUCCCCUACAAGGACAUAAGGUCAUUUUUGUCCUUGACGUUUGAACAACUAACAAAUCAGAGAAUCCAAGGGGCAUGUUCUAUUUUCCAGGAAUGACUGACACUUUGGUGCUGGGGUUUUGUGGAGGGAGGGAUGGUUUUUGUUUAGCUUGUGUGGGAUUGUGUAUGUGAGGGGAAGUUUUGAUUGGUUUUCUUUCUUUUCCUCUGUGAGUUAAUGACUGAAGUAGAACAAGUACGUCUUCAGGUAAAGAGAGGGAUUUCUCAACCUACUUUCUGUGAUGUCAGACUAUUGGAGAAACCCUUUCAGCUGCUUUCUAGAUGUACCUAAAUUCAGUCAGAUAUUUUGGAUUAAGAAACCUGAAGUCCUGACAUAUUAUAUACUCCAAGGAAAUACAUCAGGGACAGAUAAUUGGCUGAAAACACUGACGCUUCAAUGUGAUACAUUUUUAUAGAACAUUUCUACCAGGGGGUACUGACUUGAUUUCUCCUACAAGGACCACACUGCCUUUGUGUUUAAUGUAAUGCAAUUUGUGUACCUUCUAAUCAUAUAUCUGACAAAGUUUCUCAUUUUUAUAAAACUUUGAAAUCAUGCCAGUAAGGUAAAUGUUGAAUGUAUGUAAAGUAGCAUUUGGUAACUGUGCUACAAAAAUGCAUUAUUGGUUAAAAAAAAUUCUGAUUUGGUUGGUUAAGAUUUCAUUAUGACCUUUUCUGGGUCUCAGGUUCUAAUACUUGAUUGAAAUAGAAAAGAAUAUAUUGGUUUUUGAAAAUCAGUAUAUUGUGACUUGAACUGCUAUGUGUUAUCCUUCCACAAAAUACAUCAGAAUUAUUAGUGCUUUGUACAUUUAGACAUUUUUAUUUUAUUAUUGUGAAAGAAAAAUAUACUGAAUUUAUAGAAAGCAAGUAUUCUCCUAAUUAACAGUUUAAAAUUUCAUCUCUACCAAUUAAAAUUACAAUAGAUUUUGAUAAAUAAAAUUUUAAAAUGCUUCAUUUUUUUCCAUACCUACAAAUCUCCCUUUUUUCAAUUGUAAGAGGGCUUUUUGUUUGUUUUGCUUGUUUUUUAAGGGAUUUAGAAUCUUUAUAAGGGCAGUGAAAUGCUUGUUUGAAUUUGGUGGUCUGUAACAUUUUUUCAGCUCAUAUUAAAAUGGAAAACUAGAACCUGAACUAGUGUCUAUGAAAUUGCCAAAGUCCAGCAUAAAGCUAAAAGUUGAGAGAGCUUUACUGAUUUGUGUGUGUGUGUGUGUAUAUGGUGUGUAUAUGUAUAUAUCGCAAAGACAUAUUUUAGGUAUCCCUUACUUCUAAUUUAACUAAGAGAUGUUAGAUAAAUGAAUUUAAAAGUAGCCAAAAUAAAGAUCUGUAAAGUGUAAAGAUCUGUAACAUAGUAAGGAAAGCAAAGCUUAAGUAUGAAAGGAAAAGAGCAUUUUACUUACCAGGGAGUGAGAUCUUAGCCAUGGCUGUAGGUCAGUCACUUUUAUGGCAGAAAUGCCCAAUUGAUUUAGGAGGCUGAAGAAAUGUUUGUAUCUAGUAAGUUUUAAUUAAAGCACACACACAAAAAAAACCUAAUAAUAUCAAAUUACAGGAAAAGCUGUAAUAAAUAUUAUAAGAUCUCCCUUUGGUUUAUUAGAAAUCUUUACCUGCAAAGUUGGUUUGAAAACUUUCAACUUAGAAGAUUUCACUUAUCUGUGUGUAUAUGUAUAUAUUUUCUAUGUAUACAUAACUCAUUAAUGUUGCAUGGCCUUUAACAUUUAUGUUUCAUUCUCUUAAGAGAGAUGAUUUGGCCCCAAUGAAGAAACACUUAAUUUAGUUCAAACUUUACAUUCAGGAUUUUACAACAGAGUUCCUGUGCAAGAUAUUAUUUAAAGGGAAUGAGUUGGUUUAAACAAACCAUAAGUCAAAUUUUGUAAGAGUUUUGAUAUUCAUUUGCAUUAUUGGAUUUAAUAAAAAAUAGUUUUCAGAUAUACAAUACUUGUUAAAAAUAUAUGCCAGCAAUAUUCAUAUUUUAUCAUUUAACAUCCUUUUGUUUUAUACUUCCUUUUUUAAGUCUUUUUUUUUCUUCUAUGGAAAAGCUAUUUAGGGAGAAAAUACUUGUUUUCUAUAAUAAAAUAGUUUGAUACCAUCUGUACCAGGUCGGAUCAAGAAAUAUCUGAAGGUUUUGGGAACUCUUCUCUCUGAUAUUAAUCUGAAAUCACGUUACUAAAAAGCAAACUAGAAUCUAAAGUGAGUAGCUAACUUAGAAGUAAGGUUUUUAAAUAAAAAAUACUUUAGAAGUUGGAGGGGUGGUUGUAAUUUGAUAUCCUGACCCCUAUUCUCCUAAUUACUCUUCUGUGCCUAUUUAUUAUAGAGUCAGAAUUUUUGUGCUAGCCGAGACCCUAGAGAUAAUCUCGAUAGUCUCUUUAACACCCACUCCUCCCACCCCCAUAUCCAUCCUUGGGAAACUGAGGCUCAAAAAGAUUGUGACAUAAUCAAGGUCACAUAACUAAGAAGCAGAGCCAGAAUAAAACUCCUGUCUGCUGUCAAAUGCAUAUUAGCACCCUACUGCCUCCCUUUACUCGUACUAUGGUAAAUGUGUCAUGUUCUGCAGUUCUCCUCCUCCUGCAGUUCUGUACAGUUUUGGACUAGUAUUGGUGAAUAUUGGACUAGUAGUUGGUGAAUAUAGCACAUUCAGGAAAGUAUUAAAUCCAGAAAAAUGUAGAGUACUAAACAUAGAUGGGGAAGUGUUAGAAAUGUAGGUAUCUAUACCAUAGAUGUAAGGAUAGAUACAUUUUUCUUAUUCUAAUUUAUGCCUUACUAUUUUGCGCCACAUAACAGUGUAUGCUGCCAUUUUAUAGUUGAUUAUAUUGCUGGGGAUUUAUUUAAGUGCAAAAAUAAACCCAAUGAAAUGGCUUCGAUCAGUGUUUCUAGCUAUUUUAAAGUAAUUUUUGAAUCAGCCAGCUUUCAUAGUCACCUAGAUAGCAAGUUAAUUGUAUUGCACAAUGGAGUAUUGCAAAGUAAAGAUGAAACUUGAUUCCAUUAGUUUCUAAUGUCAAAAGAUUGUGCUUAGAGCAGAUAGAUGAAAGCAACAUGUCCUUACGUGGUUAAAAAAGGUUUGUAGUGCAAAGCUCAUGAUGUGUAAUGGAAUGGUGACCAUCAUGUUAUUCAGAGUGUAUAUACCAUAUAAAAUAUCUUAAAUGUGGUAGUUUCAGCUAUAUAAGCUCAAUAUUUUCAACCUAUAUUCUUAAAUUCCACUCAGUAGCUUUAAAUUAAUUAUAAUUAUUUAUUAGACACUGGAAUACUGAAAAUAACUUUUCAGAUUGGUUUGUUUGCACUAUAUUUGUGAAUAUUUUAAUGAAGUAGGGUGUUUUUCCUACCUCACUUGGUGAGGUUUGUCAUGGGUCCAUUUUUGAGUACUUUAGUUGUUUGACAAUCAGUUGUCUCAUUUAAUGCUCUGCAUGUUCAUUUGUAAAUAAAAAAAAUUAGUAUGUGUCUCGGGAUAGCACACUAUUUAUACAAACACUGGCAAGGAGGAUCCCUCCAUUUCUGACGUUGGAUUACAAAGUAAAUUUUGUUCUAUGUUUUUUUUAAAUCAGUAUUUCAGUUACAUGUUUGUCUUUCAGUUUAAAAAUAUUUAAUAGGUCAUGCCAGUGGUUGGAAAAUCUAUAAGAAUUUUAGAGCAACUUUUCUAUACUAUGGCUAUGUUAAACAGUCUGAACAUGAUGUUUUUUAUCUCUCAAGUUGAAUGAUUAUUGUCAGUUGAGACCCUUAUUUGUAAUACUUUUAAUUUUUUCUAAAGUGCUUUUUAGAAACAAGUUGUCUAAAAACAACUAGAUCUUAUUGAUAACUGAAAUUCUAAAUAUUAGCAUAUUUGCCAGAUUAUAAGAAGAUGGAAUGCAGUGUAAAAUUGUUAACAGUGCAAAUAAAAUCAUGUGUUACUAGAUUGGCACGAUUUUCCGUUGCCAAGGUGUUUAUGUUGAUUAAUGAAAGACAUAAAUUUUAGGUAUUACCUAUGUUAUGUACCUAAUGGGUAUAUCAUACUGGCACUGAACAUGCAUAGAAAAUACUAUUCAUAGAAUCAUCCAAUGUGUAUGUACACUGUACUGGGUUUUUGACAGUGCCAGAAAUUUGUGUGGUGGUCCCAAGCCAUGAGAAUCAGGGGAGUCAUCAUCACCUAAACAUCUCCUGCCCAUGUAGGCACAUUUCUUCUAAAUUUGACCAUAAAAUCACACAAUUUUGGUGACUUCUAUCCCUUCAGUAUUUUUGUAGUCUUAACCGUUGGUUACAGGAGAAAUUUAUGCAAGACAGACAAUUCAGGAUAAAAGUUAGCAAGAAGCUAGGAAUGAUGUGAGUGAAAUACCUGGCAGCAUAGUGCAGAAAUGCAGGUUCUGUGUUUUGCUUCUGGAUUUUGAGAAAAUGUUUACAAACUAAGACACAUUCAAAUGUUUGCUAUUAUAUUAUUAUGUUUAAUAUAGACUUUACCCAAAAAAUAUAAUUAGGUGUAUCUUAAAGUAUAAAUGAGUCUUUUUAAAAUAAUUAUGUAUCUGGAAGUAGGUAAAAUACAGAUUUUUUUUAAUUUUCAAAGAGAAAUUAACUUAAUUGGACAGUCUAUCCCCAACUACAGAAUUGAUAUCAAUCUGGUUUGCUAUAUUUGUGUCAACAGCUUAGUGUUAAUUAUAUCAGAGGAAAUUCUUUACAUCUUCAUUGAUUUCAAAAUUUACCAAAGAAAAUGUUUCAACCAAAUAUAAUUUUAAAGUACCUAACUGUUAAGGAAUAAGAUUAAUUUAACCUGAAGGAUGGCUUUCUAGCCCUGAGGGAAAUAGAUAUUAAAAUAUUCUUUGAUCUGGAACAUAGAUAUAGAGUACCUACAAGAUUCCAUUUGAGGUUCUUGUUAUGUUAGUAAAAUGUCAACAUUUACACUCCCAGCAAAAAUACCAGUGAAAGAUUAAGUCAAAAUAUUAUUGCUGUGGCACAUUUUCAUGUCUCCUUAACUCAAAUUAAGGAUUCUGUUCCAUCAGUAUUGAAGAAAAAAGUGAGCAAGUUCCUAAAAUUAGUAUAUUGUAUGAUAUUGUGACUUUUUAAAAGUAAAAUUGAGGGGGAAAUUAUGGAGAUGCCCCUUUUCAAGUGGGCAGUGGCAAUUAUUUCUAGUAAGUAUGAUAUGGGCUAGAAUGGUAUGUUUACAUAAUAUAUGUAUAUGAUCACUCCGGGUGUAUUUUUACUUUGCAGAAAAAUAUGAUUGGAUUAUGAAAAACUGAAAUACUCCUUUUUAAUGUAUAAACCAAUAAGAACUAAAAGAUUUACUUAAACUAUUAAAUAAUGAUUUCUUUGGAAAAUAUGAGGUGUAAUUAUAUAUUAACUGAUGUUCCAAACAGGUUCUAUGUAUUAUUUUUUCCAUAUCAGAUGGUAGUUAAAAAAUAAUGAUGUAUCAAUCAGCUAUCUUAGAAAGAGAAGAGUGGCUUUCUAACAAUUACUAAUGUAGGUUUGUGGGGUUUAUCAUCCAAACUGAAUUGGGAGAUAAUGCUGAAUGCCCCUUUUGUUUAAAAUAUUUGUAAUAAGUACAUCAACUACUUUACAGUAAAUCUUUUUUUCUUGUUCUAAAAAUUAUGCUGGCUUUACAUUAUUUAAAGUGGUUAAAUAAAACAGUAUUUAUGGUGCAAUGAUUUUCCCCAUAAUAAUUGGCUCUCAUGCUACAAUUUCUGAAGUUUUACUGCUUGAGCAUUAUGUAGUUUGAUCUCUGUGAAAAUGGACAAGUAAAAAGGAGAUAACCCACUUUCAUAUGUUUGCUUCAUAAAAGGAUAUGGAACGUAUGGAUCAGCUCUCUUUAAAAAACAAAAAAACAGCAUCAACCUAUUUGGUAUAACUUCCCAAGUACUCAGAGAAUAGUGCUGGUGAAAAUUUAAAUAUGAUAGGCAUGAAGAAAAUAUGAUUUCUAUUGACUGAUGUCCUUUCAACCUAGGGCUAGUGAAAACCUUCGUUUCUUUUUCAGAGCUGAAGAAAAAAACCCGCACAUUUAAGAUCAUAUUUAUUGGUGCAUGUAAGCCAUUAUCUUAACUGUCUUACUGAACUGGUUAAUACUGUUGAUUGUUGAAAUGUGAAAUGUAGUCACUGUUGACCUGUAAAUAUCUUCCAGAGAUGAAAAAAUAUUUUAAGGUAUUGUAAAUAAAGAUGUAUAAAAUUCAAUAUCAGUCUGCAAUGCAGAAACAUAUCUAAGAUGUUAAAUAUUGUGUUUCUUGAGAGAUGUGUAAUUUUUCCCUAGUUGUAUCUAGUUACAUUAAGAAUGUAAAUUUUCUUUUGUACAGUAUAAAAAUACAGCUUUAUUUGCUUUUGACUGGA